UCUCCAUGCUCCAGGCGCCUGACUGCUGACUAGUUCGGCACAGGUGUUUGCUCCUAGGCCAGAGUCUCACCCAGGCGCAAUUUCAAAUGAACCUACAGCGCCGCCAGGAGAUCGAGAGAUACCUGGAGGGCAGCACGGAACCGGGUUCAGAGGUCGAAAAUGCUCGCCAGCUAUUGCUUCAGCUGUCAAACACUAAUUGGGCAUUGCUUGCAGCACGAAACACCAUGUGGGCAUUGCUGGCUUGGACAGUUGGUUGGACUUGCUACAGAGGGCUAAGGUACGGCUUGAUCUGGUGGUGCUUGAGGUCUCUCCAAGCAUCGGAGCAGCGAGCUGCCGAUUCGGAGUCCUGCGAGACAAUCGAAGAGACGCUCGAGGGUCCCAAGUGGCGCAUCCUUUGGCUUAUCAACGUCACGACCUCUUACUUUUAGCGACACAAGAAAAGCAAGAAAGUUGCGGUAGAGCACAAGCUACUAAGAGUAAUAGUUGUAUUAAGACUAGUUGCUACCUUAAUACUAUACGUAUACGGGUCGUAUAAUAUAUUAAGCCGGC